CAUUACGGCAAGGAAAUCUCAGCUGAAAGCGAGCCGGCGUCACACUGCCACUGAACUCUACCUAGUACUCCUACAAGCACAAUGCCCGAGCCCUCAAAACGACACGGCCGGUCACGCGGGCGAGCCGUUAAACGAGCAAGGGGAGGGAGCGGUGGUGGGGUACGCCGCCAUGGACUCGCGCUUCUCCUCCGGCUCCGGGGACGUGAGGUCGGGGAGCUCGCUGACGGUGGGGGAGCGGCUCUGCGCCGCCUUCUUGCCCUUCGUUGCCGUCGCCGAGGCCGUCUUUUUCGUCCUCGCCGACUGCCUCGCCGACAUCUGCCCUUCCUCGUCCUCCUCCUCGCGCCUGCGCAGAGAAUCCUCUGCUUCGUCCUUCCUCACGGCCAAGAAGAAGAGCCAUCACCUGUUCCGCCGCCGCGUCGGGCCAGGCUGCACCUCCCUCGACUUCCGCAACCUUGCCCGCCUCGCCGAGGAGUCCCGUUGCUUCUCGGUGAACGAGGUGGAGGCGCUGUUCGAGCUCUACAAGAAGAUCAGCUGCUCCAUCAUCGACGACGGGCUCAUCCACAAGGAAGAACUGCAGCUAGCAUUAUUCAAGACUCCUAGCGGGCAGAAUCUUUUUAUUGACAGGGUUUUUGAUUUGUUUGAUGAAAAGAAGAAUGGAGUAAUAGAGUUUGAUGAGUUUAUUCAUGCUCUCAGUGUCUUCCAUCCAUGUUCACCUGUGGAGGAUAAGAUUAAUUUUGCAUUUAAGCUGUAUGAUUUGAGGCAAACCGGAUUUAUUGAGCGUGAAGAGGUUAUGCAAAUGGUUAUUGCCAUUUUGAAUGAAUCUGAUAUGAAAUUGUCUGACGAGCUUCUUGAGGCCAUCAUAGAUAAGACGUUUGAAGACGCUGAUACUGAUAGGGAUGGGAAAAUCAGCCAAGAAGAAUGGAAGGAAUUUGUAUUGCGCCACCCUAAUCUGUUAAAGAACAUGACCCUACCCUAUCUUAGGGACAUCACAACAUCUUUUCCUAGUUUUGUCUUCAACACGGCAGUUGAAGACUAAAUAGUGCAAGAUUCCUACAUGACGGCGACAAGUUGGCAGCAUAUUAUGUCUGUCAGCUCUCUUGUUGAAUAUCGGGUUUCCUGAGAAAAAGAACACUCAUAACCACCUACUGAAGAAAAUUACCAUCGGUGACUGUUGAUUGUGUCUGUCAUCAGAGAACUGAAUCGGCGCCGAACCAACGACCACGACGGCAACUUAGAAAUGAAGCAACGGUCAUGAGCUCAAACUGGUAUUUUCAAAGCUGUACAUACAUCACUCCUUAAGCUCUGAAAAGCUCAGGAGCAACUGUACAUAUAUGCUCGAGCUUGUACAAGGGAAUCCAGACAAGGCUCCGGAAGUGCCAGCCAGUUCUGGAAUCAGCAGUUAGUUUCUUCAAGUGCCUUCCCGCCUAACAGACUAUCUUAUGAAUUCUAUACAUUCGAAUCGACCUGCUCCUUGAGGAACAUGUCAUGCAUUAGCUUUGGUUGUUGUUGUUUUUUUCUUCUUCUUUUUGGGUCAGAAACCUUCCGGAGACGCAUGUUUUUGCUUGGCGGUAGCAGCAAAAUACUGCUGAACAAUCUACCUGAUGUUGUUUCAUGGACCAAUCAUCCAGUCCGUGGUAGGGACAUAUAUAUAGUA